AUGGCUCUCCCCAAAUCUAUCCCUAUGACACUUGCGGUGGCGCUCCUUCUUGCUGGGAUCGCGACUGCGGAAGCCCAAAACUGCGGCUGCUCCACCGACCUCUGCUGCAGCCGCUUCGGCUACUGCGGCACCAGCGACGACUACUGCGGCGCUGGUUGCCGGGAAGGGCCGUGUUACACCUCGCCCACCAACGACGUUUCGGUGGCCGACGUGGUGACACAGAGCUUCUUCGACGGCAUCAUCGGCCAGGCUGACGGCGGCUGCGCUGGCAGGGGAUUCUACUCGCGCGACGCUUUCCUGACCGCCGCCGGCUACUACCCCAACUUCGGCCGCACCGGCUCCGCCAACGACUCCCGCCGUGAGAUCGCCGCCUUCUUUGCCCACGUCACGCACGAGACUGGACAUUUCUGCUACAUCGAAGAGAUCAACGGCGCGUCGAGGGAUUACUGCGACGAUACCAACACCGAAUGGCCGUGCGUCGCCGGGAGGAACUACUACGGCCGCGGCCCCAUCCAACUGUCCUGGAACUUCAACUACGGCCCCGCCGGCCGGGACAUCGGCUUCGACGGCCUCGGAGCGCCGGAGACGGUGGCCAAUGACGUCGUCAUCUCCUUCAGGACCGCCCUGUGGUAUUGGAUGAACAACUGCCACUCCCUCAUCAUCUCCGGCCAAGGGUUCGGCGCCACCAUCCGCGCGAUCAACGGCGCCCUCGAGUGCGACGGCAACAAUCCGGCGACCGUCAACGCUCGUGUUGGCUACUACAGGGAUUAUUGCAGUCAAUUGGGCGUUGACCCCGGCAGCAAUCUCACUUGUUGAGUUCUUAAUUGAUGAUCAUAGAUAAAUCUGGAACAGAUUUACUACACAUUAAUAACAAUGAAUAAA